AUGAAGUUCUCCUCCGUCUGCCUGUUCGCGGUCGCCGCCGCCGCCGCCGCCGCCGUCGGUGAGAUUCGCGACGCCGCUGCCAUCGCGGUCCGCGACUUCGCCUCCAUCAAUGCCUCCCUCUCCACCGUCAAAGACGACAUCGCCACCCUCAACGCCGUCGGAAACGCCUUCGACGGCGACAUCCGCCCCCCCGUCGCCGCCUCCGACAAGCUCGCCGCCUCCAUCGACGCCGCCGUCGCCACCGCCCGCGCCUCCACCGUCCUCUCCCUCACGGACGCCUUUGGCCUCCUCCCCGUGCUCCAAGGCAUCCGCGAGAACACCCGGGCCCUCGCCGACACAGUCAAGGCCAAGGUGUCCAAGAUGGCUCAGGCGGGGGCGUGCGCGGUCGCCCGCACCCACCUCGAGAGGCUCAACGCCGGCGCGGGAACCCUCAUCGACGAGGUCAGGGGCAAGCUCCCCGUCGCCGCUCGCGGCGUGGCCAAGAUCGAGACGGACAAGAUCAGGGCUCUCAUUGUGGAGGCUGUUGCUGCGGUUGCGCCGGAGCGGUGCCGUGAUGGGUCAUGA